AAGAAAGUGCGAGCGCGUGCCCGUUUAUCUCAAAGCGCGCUCAAGGGCGCAAUAAAAUACCAGAGUGCGCUUUUCAGGACAUCACUGAGACAGCUACACAGAUGCCUAAAUGUACCCUACUGUGUAUCACACUAAUUAUCCACAUUGUCUGGCAACGCUUUAAAUACUUUUUAUGAUUCACCUUAAGAAUUAUAUUCCUGGAUACGCUCAAGUGACCUUGGCAAACCCAGGACCCUCUGAAAGUUCAUCGACAAGCUAAACAAACGCAAAAUGAACAUUUCACACGGAUUACUAAAUCGGACGCUCUCUACGGUCAAGCAUCCCUUGGAAAGCGUCCGAGGAUGCUGCAACUUCUCGGUGAUCACCGGCGACGGCUUCGGCGCGCCGAUCCAGGACGAGCGCGAUCAGUUCAUCAUGCGUCUCGCGCAGAUAGCGGUUCUUUGCGUGCUGUCGCUGACUGUCGUCUUCGGCAUCUUCUUCCUCGGCUGCAAUCUGCUCAUUAAAUCGGAGAGUAUGAUAAACCUGCUGGUGGAGGACCGCAGACCUUCAGAAGAUGCGGAAAUUAUUAUGAUUGCUGCAUAACACUGUUGCCAUAUAUCUGCCUAAACUGCUGGUUUGAUUUCCAUGAUGCGUCCUGAACCAGAGGAAACAGACAAUCUGAUAUUUUUCUGCGCUUUCAACGCGACUCAAGAAGAGAAAGAUGAAAAAUAUACAUUGCAAAAUAUGUUUUUGGAAUGCUGGAUGGACGUAAAAUGUGAAAUAUUAAAUUAAAUAUUGUUUUAAGUAAAGUUAACUGCUUUUGUACAUCAAAGGGGCUUGAUUGAAAUUGAUAUUUUUGACUCAUAACCAGCAUUUCUUGAUUUCAUAUAUGAUUUACAUUCAUGCUUAAAAAAACAUUCCUUGUUUACACCUGCAUGCAAAAUGGAUUAAACAAUGUUCAACAACAAUGUCAAGAUUUACUUCCAAAUAGCCAUUUCUGUAUUUGUCCAAAUUUGAAUCAGUUUUAUUGUGAAACAAACCUAAUUUAUAGCUGGAUUUUUCUGUCCAACA